GGUUAUGGAGGCUGCUGGAUGUUUUUGUUUCCCAUUUUGCACACAUUGAUGUCAAUUAAUGUUAGUUUAAUUAAUUAAAAAAACAAUUAUGUGACAAGAGCCUUCCGGUUCGCGAGUGUAUCUUAGUGAUAAAGUUUUUAUUGUGAUUCUGAUUGUUUUUUUGGUAUACAACUCGGACUGACAUACCUCUGAUGAAAUCAGCGCCAACCAAACAAAAGACUGAGCUAAGCUAUGUAGAAAUAAAAACACGGAACAAAACGCACAUUCCAAAUUUAAAUUGACAUGCUCUGACGCCAUUUUGAAUCCGCCCGACGACAAGAUGGCGGCGACGCCGAUCAGAUCGGUUAUUGAGGAGAAGGAGGUGUUGGAUGAAGCUGAAGAGAAACUUCUGGAUCAAAAUCAAGUGCUGGUGGUGCCUAAUUCGGGGCAGGAUGAGGGACUGCUGUCGGUGAAAUCCUCUAAGAAAGUAAAACUCCCCUCGGAGCAGGGCCCGGUGGGCGGCCGGUUCACCAUCGGACCGGCGCCGGAGCGCGACUGGGAGAUGGCGCCUCCCGACGGCAAAUGGGGCUGGUGCGUGCUCGUAGGAGCGACGCUGGUCAACAUCCUCAUCCCAGGCACGAUCAAGUCCUUCGGCGUGCUGCUGGUGGAAUUCAACGACGUAUUCCAGACCAGCGCGUCCGCUUCGUCUGGAAUCGUCGCGCUGUGCUACUUUUUAUACAGUAGUUUAGGGCCCCUCUCCUCAAUUCUAUCAGUGAAGUGGUCGUACCGGACGGUGACACUCAUCGGCGGCAGCUUCGCGGCCUUCGGGAUGAUAUUCAGCAGCUGUGCCUUUUCUAUCACGUAUCUGUACUUUAGUUUCGGAGCGAUGGUGGGAACGGGCGCUGGCCUGGCCUUCCCGCCCACUGUGUACAUAGUGACGUCAUACUUCGUCCGUCUCCGCGGGCUCGCCAACGGCAUCUGUAUGUCGGGCUCCGCCUUCGGGAGUAUUAUACUGCCGCCGGUGCUGAGAUACCUGCUGGAGACCUACGGAUACAAAGGAGCGGUUCUCGUGCUAGGCGGCAUAAUGCUCAACGUGUGGGCGGCGGCACUCCUCUUCCAGCCUGUUGAGGAACAUAUGGUUCGGAAGUACAAAGAUCCUGAAGAAGACGAGGAGGGACCUCAGGACGACAUACUCUUCGAAGAGGAAGAACCCGUAGAGACCUACAACAUGACCUCUCAACUGCCAAGGAAUCCUACAGCGGAAAAAAUCAACGGGCACUCUGACAUACAGAAAAAUCUCUCACAAACCCACAUGCAUAACAGUCAGCACUGCAUGCCGUCUCUCUCUUCCCAAAGCCAGCUGAAACACAACCUGUCAAAGCGGAAGCUGUCAAACGCGAGACAAAUGUCAAAAGCGGGACUCAGCUCUGCGUCUAUUGGUCUAGAUAUAAAAAAAUUGGGGUCGCAAGAAACUUUUGGAAGGAGACUCAGUACGGCCGGACCGAAACGCACCAUGUCUACUUCCAGUUUCGCGUACGUUUCGACUCCGUUUCACGGUUCAACGUUAUCUGCCUUUGAACAGCCGAACGAAUUUGCGUCCCAAUUCUCUUUAAAAUCUAUAACUGAAAGCGUUACCGAUGCGGCUUACUGCUGCUUCUGCUGCAAGAAAAAAAAGAAGAAGGAACCUAAUAAGUUCUUUGAUUUGAGUCUUCUGACUGAUCCGACGUAUUUGGUCAUAUUGAUAUCGUCAAGUACAGUGGCAAUUUCGUGUACGAAUUUCAUAAUUUUGUUACCAUCUCACGCGCAGAAUAUUGGCUUUGAUAAAUCAGAAGGUGCUUUACUCCUCAGUACAGUAUCAGCUCUUGACUUAGUAGGACGUAUAGGAGGUUCUGCUCUUUCAGAUUUGAAUUUAAUACCUAAAACUUUUUACUUCGUAGGGGGCUUAUUAUUUUCUGGUAUUACGUUAGUGAUAAUGCCCUUUAUGAUUUCGUAUAUAGGGCUAAGCGUUUGCUGUGCGUUCUUUGGAUUGGCGUCGGGUAUCAACAACGGUGUUACCACUUUGGUCAUGGCGGAAAUUCUGGGCGUGGAAAGACUUAUGUCGACUUAUGGAAUAAGUCUUUUCGUCAACGGACUUUUACAGUUGAUAGGUCCACCAAUUUGUGGUCUGUGGUUCGAGCGAGACAAAAAUUUCACGAACAUGUUCAUAACGUUCGGUUUUAUUUUCAUCGCUGGCGCAUCUCUAUGGCUGUUUAUGCCGCUCGAGCCCUUUGCAGAAGAAGAAGCGGGCGACACAGAGGAAAUCAACCCAAAACUCAUCCUCACCCCAGAAGAAAUGACGCCAUCUUGCGAAAAACACCCUAACGGUUCUCCCCCUAUCUUCAAGAACCAUUCGAACGCGAAUAUUGAAGAAAAACUGUCGCCUAACCGACCAGAUAGUUUCGUCAGAUCUGCCAGUGCUGCUCUGGUCGGGAAAGAAGAAAGAACUAGGAAACCCACACCAGUUUCUUCAAAACAUGGUUUACAAAACAUAUCAAGUAAAAACCAUUUGCCUAGCAAUCCGUCCUUGCUAGAAUCAGUGCCAGAAGGCAAAGCUAGCAGAGUGAACUCCACCGAAGCGUUUGGGAAGAAGCUGACUGUUCCGAAAACGCCUAAACGAAGCCCUUCGACGUCUAGUUUUCAGUAUAUGUCGACGCCUUUUCAUGGGUCUACGUUGUCUGCAUUUGAAAAACCCAGUGAAUUCGCUUCGCAAUUCAGCUUGAAGUCUGUAACAGAGAGUCUAGCACCGAUCACUUAUUGCUGUGGAUGCAAAAAGAAACCUAAAGACGAUAACGCCAAAAAAGAACCCAGCAAGUAUUUCGACGUACAGUUACUGAAAGAUCCGAUUUAUUUAGUGAUUUUAAUAUCGAAUUGUACGUGCGCGAUUUCGUAUACGAACUUCAUUAUUCUAGUGCCGUCCUACGCUAAAGAAUGCGGUUUCGAUAAAUCACUAGGAGCGUACUUAUUAUCGAUAAUAUCCUUGCUCGAUUUGAUCGGGCGGAUAGGCGGGUCAGCUCUAUCGGACGUAGUGUUGACACCGAAACGGUAUUUCUUCAUUUUCGGUCUCCUGCUUUCCGGUAUCAGCUUAGCGAUGAUACCGUUAGUGUCGAGUUAUUCGGCGAUAAGUGCGUUCUGUUCUAUUUUCGGUAUCGCGUCUGGUAUUAACGUAGGUGUGACAGCGCUAGUGAUGACAGAGAUGCUCGGUACCGAAAGACUGAUGUCUUCUUACGGUAUCAGUUUGUUUAUGAAUGGUAUCCUGCAGUUGAUAGGGCCUCCUAUAUGCGGGUUUUGGUUUGAGUAUACCCAGUCUUAUAAAUCCUUAUUUGUGACACUUGGUUUUAUUCUAAUAAGCGGCGCAGCGUUGUGGGGUUUCGUGCCCUUAAUACAUAGAAGAAGAAGGUUGGCAGAAAGAAGAAAAGAAGUUAUAGAUAAGGCGUAACUGUUAAUUUAGCCCGUAUGUCUAUGUGCGUAUGGUCGAAAAUCGUUUAGGUGAAAGGUAGAGAAUGAAUUUUUAGUGGGAUUGCUUACUGAAUUCGAUUUGACUCUCAAGGUCUACUUUAAUAUAAUUAUUAAGGUUUUAAUAUUAAAAACAGUUACUAAACGUAUUUUAUAACUAAAGUAUAUUAAAAUACAAUAAAGUAGCCACGCUUUGCCUUUCAUAGAAAACAAAUGUAAAUAUUUAUUGUAAACUUCUUUAAAAGAAGAUAACUACUAACUUAUUAAUAAUUAAUAAUGUCUCGACUAGUGAUGUCAGUAAGCAAUCCUGGUGGAACAAAAUAUAUCGAUAGAAUGAAUUUAUGAAAUAUCUAUGAGAUGAUACGUGAUCGAAUAUAUCUGUAGACUGAUAUACACGCUUGUACUGUCGCAUUUUAACGAAUUACUCAAACCCAGUCAUAGUGUAAUAUUUAAUCUUAUUAAUCAUGUGAAAUUAUUAGUAUUUAUGAAUUUAUUUCUAAAUUACUGUUUAACAAUCUCUUAUAAUAGUCUCCAUAAAGUGAUAAUAAAAGAAUUAUUCUGACAAAUACCAAAAAAUAUCGACAUCACAAAACGGUACCAUAUUUUCACAUCACUGGUUUCAAAAUAUAAAUGAUGUGACGUUAUCAAAUUUUUUCAUUGACCUUUCAUAUUAUGUUUUUAUCGUAGAAAACAUAUUUUUCUAUAUUAAUGGGUUGGGUAGGUUUUAAUUUGUUUUAUUGAGAAUCUUUAGGCUUAAGAAUUUAUGUGAAAAAAAUGUAAUAGUGCUGAGCGCUACCGAAAUAAGUAUCGACGUUUUUUUUUUCUUACAAACGCUCAUCGCUAUUUUUUAAUAUUAAUUUAUUUACGAAUACUUUUUAUAAUCUUGUACAAAAUUAAAGUAUAGUUAACAGCACAUUAAGUUAACUAAAACAGUGAAUAUCUUCAAUGAAUUUUAAACUUUAUUUCUAUCAUGUAAGGUUCAAUCAUUCAAAGUCAAUUGAAGAAAAACAUUUUGUUCUGUGUGUGCUGUAAACUAUACGAAUGCAGCUUCCGAUUACGUAGCUAUUAUUAAUAACUCAUUUAUUAUUAUAAUAAACGAAUAUAUUAUUAUUAUGAACUAAU